UUUCAAUUAAGCCUGAAUCCUCAUCUCUUCCCUGCCCCGCAUCAUGUCCGUUCGCCUGUUUCGUAUCUGCCGCACAAAAUGCGCAGCCCCCCUCUCCAGGGGCUACGCCACAGAGCUCAAGCCGAACUUGGCCUACCUCCAAGUCACACAUCCCGAUACCGCUCCUGCCCCCACCCAAUCCCUUAUCCAAGAACACUCUAAGUACCUCCUCAACACCUAUGUACGGCCCCCCAUUCUCUUCUCGCACGGCUCUUCAUGCACUCUCACCUCCACCAGCGGUAAAGAUUACCUAGAUUUCACAGCCGGUAUCGCUGUCACUGCUUUGGGGCACUCCGACCAGGGUGUCAACAACGUGAUGGCCGAGCAAGCAGGGAAGAUCGGGCACGCGAGCAAUGUCUACUGGAACGAGCAUGCUGGAGAACUCGCCAAGUCCCUGAUAGAAAAUACUCGAACCCAUGGCGGCCUGGGUCUCGGCAAGGCCGAAGGAGAUGACAAGGGCGGCCGAGUUUUCUUCUCCAACUCUGGUACAGAAGCAAAUGAAGGUGCUCUAAAAUUUGCACGAGCCUACGGCAAGACAAUUGCUGAGGACAAAAGUGACAUUGUCUGCUUCUCCAAUGCCUUUCACGGCCGUUCACUUGGUGCUCUCUCAUGCACCCCCAAUCCCAAGUACCAAGCCCCUUUUGCCCCUCUGAUUCCCGGUGUCAAGGUUGGAGAGUACAAUGACAUGUCCGAAGAGAGGCUCAAGGACCUUGUCAACGAAAAGACAUGCGGUGUUAUCGUGGAACCUAUCCAGGGUGAAGGUGGUGUUGGUGAGGGGAAGAAGGAAUGGUUUGAAAUGCUUGGGAAAAGGUGCAAGGAGGUUGGCGCUGUUUUGAUCUACGAUGAGAUUCAGUGCGGCCUCUUUAGGUCUGGUGAAAUGUGGGCCCACUCCAGCUUCCCUGCCGCGGCCCAGCCAGACAUUGUCACUAUGGCAAAACCCCUCGCCAACGGUUUCCCCAUUGGAGCUAUCAUGGUCCGCUCCAAAAUUGCCAACGCCAUCUCCCCCGGUAUGCAUGGUACCACCUUUGGUGGGCAGCCUCUUGCCUGUGCGAUGGGUGUCCAUGUGCUCGAACGUCUCUCUGCUCCCGCGUUCCUCGAUAAUCUUCAAAGCACAAGUGCUUACCUUGGGAAGAAAGCUGAAAAGUUACCCCAGCUAUUUCCUAGUCUGAUCAAGGAGAUUCGAGGAAGGGGUUUGAUCAGGGGUAUCGCAUUCAAGGACGAGAGCAAACCAGGAGAGCUUGUCAAGCUUGCUAGGGAGAGGGGUGUUUUGCUUCUGACAGCCGGCAAGGAUGCCGUUAGGCUUGUCCCUGCCCUGGUUGUGAGCAAGGAGGAGUGCGACAAGGCUAUGGGCGUCAUUGAGAGCUGUUUGCAUAUCAUUGAGGGGGAUAAAGCAUAAAUGGUUAGAUAUGGUUUGCUCAUCCCAUAAAUUGGGUUUUUGGACGAGUGAAUUAUAUGUGCAAUAAAAUGAUACAUAUAUCACAUUGUAUGAAAAUCUACAUUCCAUUGGUCUCCCUCAGGUGUUGGAAGAUCGUCUUAUCUUUCUCCCAUUCGUAGAGCUGUGCGUAAUAUGCCACCAGCACACCCAGCAGCAAGAUCGCCACUGUCACCAGGAUUUGUGCAGUGGACCAACUUUCCUCUACCUUUUGGCCUGUUACCCAAAUAUCGAUUCGGCGCGACCUCGUGUCUUCCUUGAUGCUUGCUGCCGUCAAACUUGAGUCCUCGAACCACACGAAUGCUCGCUCUUUCUCCCAGUCAACAUGGACUUUGCCCCCAGCUGUGACUGUCCAUUCUGUGGACUCUUUUCGGAAUACGCGACGAGGAAGGAAGAUCUCGGUGUAUUCUUCGGGAGUGGGAGCCGCGGUUGACACCCUCAAAGGAGAUCGGAAACGAUAUGUAAAAGUACAAGCGUUUGCGUCGUAAGCAAGAGAAGUUGGGUUACCAGCGGUGGCGAUCGGGUAAGGGCGCUGCCUAUAAACGAGCUCCAACGUCAAGACAGUCGGAGCUUUUUUCGGCAUCCUGAAGGAGCUUGGUGCGAUUACUUUCUGAAUACCAGGAAAAAUUCUCCGCAUUCCACUGAAUAAUAUUAGCAUUUCCAUUUAAAAUUCAGGCAGAAAAGAGACUCACAUCAUCACCAAUAUCGUCGCGAUUGGCAGGAUUGUAGGUCCACAAACUGUGUAUCGUUAGC